CAUACAGAAUGGCCCAAAAAUUGAUCCAAGGUCCAACUAAUUUCGGGCGGCGCCAGCUAAUAUGUUAGUCGUCUGUGAACUUGCUAUUCCCCAUCGCGAAUAUCACGUUACUUUGAGUGGUUGAAUUUCUUUUAUUGCUUGGAAGAAUCACUAAUGGCACUCUCAUUAGAGGACUUCCUUCUUCGUGCCCGAGUAUUGAAACUGUACAGACAUGCUUUGAGAAUCUCAAGGAGAGUACCUUCUCAUGCUAGAGCUGAUUUGAGGCAUAUUAUUAGACAAGAGAUGGAGAAUAACAGGCGUUGUAGUGAAAAACAGAGAAUCCGGUACUUGGUUAGUGAAGGAUUAGAAAGAGUGAAACGUCUGGAUGAGACGCUUGACAUGCAAGGCCAUUGAUUUAAUGUUAAUGUGUAAACUAUAUCGUAGAGCUUACAUUUUGCAACCCUAACAAGUCAAAUGUGUGUUGCAUUUGCCUGUAAAAUCAGCAAUUAGAAACAGGGAAUGUGGAAGUCGAAGAACUUAUUCGGAUUAGUCAGGGACAUGCUACAACGCCGGUGCUCAGCAAUAUCUCCAGGGCUUUAUGCAAAUAUCUCGAACGAUCCUCUUGUAGCCAUAUUCUUGUGUACACAGUUUACAUGUAGGAAAGAUGUUUUCUCAAAGAUCAUAUUGAUUAUUUUCUUUUAUGUACUUGGACAACGUUACUAUUUACUGGUUCAAUGUUAUAGUUUUAUAACAACUACUUCGUGUUCUA